AUGACCGACAAUAACCAGGUACCGGGCUCCGACAUCAAGCCCUGGGCCCGCCCAGAAGCCCAAGCCUACUGCUUCAUCAAGGCCAACGUUGUUGAUGUGGAAGCGGGAAGAAUCUUGGAAAACGCCACGGUUAUCACGCGUCAAGGGAAAAUCAAUCUAGUUGCGUCCUGUUCUCCAGAGCAUCUCCCAACUGACCUUACGAUCAUUGAUUGUGAGGGACGCUAUCUUUGCCCUGGUCUGUUUGAUGCCCAUGUCCAUCUAUGUGCUGUCCCUGGAUUUGCAGACCUUUCAAAAGCUUUUGGAAACCCAAAUGAUGUCCACUUGCUUCGCCAGCCCUACACGGCGGCCCAAAUGCUGCACCGUGGAUUCACCAGUAUUCGCGACUGCGGUGGCGCGCAACUCGCGUUAAAAGAAGCUAUUGAAGAUGGUGUCUUUCCCGGACCUCGCAUUUUUAUCUCUGGUCAUGCACUGUCUCAAUUUGGUGGCCACGGUGAUCUCCGUGGGUCGCAUGAGCCCACCGAGUGCUGCGGUGGCACUCACAGCAACAACCAUUUAGGUCGACUUUGCAACGGCGUACCGGAAUGUAUGGCUGCUGUGCGCGAGGAAAUCCGCUGCGGUGCUGAUUUCAUCAAAAUCAUGGGCUCUGGUGGCGUGGCAUCUCCCACUGAUAAGCUAGAGCACCUCCAGUUCACAUCUGCCGAAAUUCAGGCAAUGGUGGAGUGUGCUUACAACGCCGGAACUUUCGUCACUGCUCAUGCAUAUACGAUCAAAGCGAUGAGGCACUGUAUCGAUAACGGCGUGAAAGGGAUAGAGCACGGAAAUUUUAUCGACCCUCCAACUGCGCAGUUAAUGGCGGAGAAAGGUAUUUAUCUCACGCCCACGCUCAUCGCCUAUGCCCAAAUGGCAUCGGACCGCUGGAAGGGGUAUUUGCCCCAAGAGUCCCAGGCGAAGAACUCCCAAGUUCUGAAGUCCGGCCUUGAAGCUCUCAGAAUUGCUUCGGAUGCGGGUGUUACGAUGUGUUAUGGCUCUGACUUGCUUGGUCCGCUGGGUUCUGCUCAAACACAGGAGUUCACCCUCCGGUCGCAGGUCUUGACGCCGCUUGAGGUCUUGCGCAGUGCAACAGUUAACCCAGCAAAAAUGAUGGGUUGGGAGAAUUCAAUCGGGCAGGUAAAGGAAGGAUUCCAAGCGGAUAUAGUCGUUUUGAGUCAAAACCCUCUCGACGAUGUGACUAUUUUUGAUCGCCCUGAAAACCACGUGCUUGGUGUGAUGAAAGAUGGGCGCGUAUACAAAAGUCGCUGGAGUGCACUACCCGAAGACUCGGAAAUCCCAGUGAGGGUAAAGUAUAACUGA